AUGCAUUGGCCACCUUCUGUUAAAAUGAUUUUUGCAAUUGGUUUAUUUCACGUCCACGGGCACAAGACGGAAUGUCUUUACAAUUAUGCAUCCACCUAUGUCCCGGGUGUGGGAAUCAUUGACGGAGAAAUCCUGGAGCCGUUGUGGUCCGUGUUAAAUGACACAUCCCGGAGUACACGUUCCGCUACCACUGCCCAUCGAGCAGAGGUUUUGGACGACCACAUGGGGGAUUCCAACUGGAAGAAGACCAUUAAUAUGGCUGCAACAAUUGCUGCAAAGUUCAAACGGGCACGGGAACAGUCUGGAAUCACAGACCAAUUUUAUAGGGGUAUCACGGAUCAACAAGAUUCCGGGCUCAUCAACACUUGGGAAGAUGAAAUUUCAAAAGCAGAAGCGGACCGAGAACAAGGUGUGGCCGACGCUGUUGGCAAGGUAAUGGCAAGCAAAGUGAAAACGGCUGCUGGACGCCAAGAAAUUGAAUUGCAUCUUUCAAAUAUGGAACUUACAUCUAAUGGUGCUACUGGAAAGGCAGCAUGGAUAUCAUCCGGCUUAAAACUGGAGCAAGCGCAAUUGGAGCUCAGGGACCAUGUCAGAAAGCUCGGAAAGCAUCCUUCCACCGCGCAGAAACUUGACUUGGUCAAUAAACGUCGCUCCAUGCGGACCCGCGUUGAAGCCUUCUGUCGAUCCGCUAUGACCUUCAUGGGCGAAGAUGUCUUGGAGGAUAUUCAAGGGGACAUCGCUCCCAUACUUGACUAUGAAGUCAGUGACAACGACGAUCCUGAUCUUGGAAAUGUCAACAUUACCCGCGCGGAUCCGGAACGACAGCCGCUUCCGUUUCCCUCCACCGUCAAACAAGAUUUCUUUGACGGCCUUGACGCGGGAACAAACCUCAUUUUAAAAGGGCUUCGCAAACUUGAACUUCAAAUAAGACAUGGCCACGCAGAGGACUGUCUGGAAGCGGUCCGGUCAGCCUUGAUCCAGCUUUCUUGGCAGUAUAAAUAUCAGGUUCGGACCGCCGACUCCGUCUAUAUGGGGACUCGUGCUUGGGAUGGCGUCAAGCUUUUGAAUGCUUCCUGGAAAUUGCACCGGCGACUCUACAACACAAACCGUCAGAAGAUGAUCUAUUUAUCUGCUGGCGUGCGAGACGAGGAUAAUAUUCGGAAACAAUAUCCCAUUCUGCAAGUCCAUGAUUGCAAGCAUAGUAAUGCCGUGUCGGAUCCGAACAUUUGCGGAGGAAGCUCGGACCGUCUAAGUUGGAUUUGGAGAUCCCGUCAGGGCCUGGACAAUGAUAAUCAAUUAUACGUUAAUGAGUUCUUCAGGCUAAACUGGCUCCGCGCGCGAGCUCAGAGAAAUAGAUGGCAAGAGGAGCUGGCUUUGACAAAAAAGGAAAUGGAAUGGACUGUCAGAUUUUAUGUGUAUAUGGCAAAGACAUGGCGUGCACGGCAUGAUUUUGUUCCUGACAGGGCAAAUGCUCAAAAGCAGAUUGCCAUGUGGAAUGAUCUGGGGCGGGCCGCGGAUAAGGUCUUCCGUCAAAUUAACCCGGAGUAUCCAUUAACCAGUUCUUUGAACAUUCUUGUUGUAUCUCAUCUUGUUGAAUUCAUGCACUUACCGCGGCUUUUUAAACCUCCUGUCGAGGACAAACAUCAUCUCCUUACCUAUGAUGAGCGACGUGCUCUGGCCAAAGUUCAUGUCCAUAUUUGUGGUGCACGGAUCCGUGCCGGAUACCGUUUGUUCAUUGCAAACGGAGACUCUGUUUCCUCCGUGCGUCGCCAAAAAUGGAUGUAUUUGCUUGACCUAGAGGUGGCUAUACUGCUGAGAGUACUCGGAUACUGCUAUGUCAAUGGAUUCCAAGUCGAUAUUCCAUUUUUUAUAUCAGAAAUUCUCAAUCAGAGCGUACAUGCCGUUUUGAACCGAACUCUCCACCAUCGAGCUGUUCUAUUUGAAUCUCUAAAUCAAAGCUGGUCAGCAUGGGAAGAUGAUGAAAUUUUAAAUCAGACCAAGAGCUGGGGAUAUUGGUGGAGGGACGGAUUUGCUGAAGGCGAUGAGUGGCAAGUUGCCUUUGUUACCGUUGAAUCGCAAGCAAGAGAAUUUUGGAACAAGGUGGUUCUGCCUGAAUACCAACAAGAGGUACUCCGGCUAAAUAAUCAGAGGAAAGAAGCUAAGGAGGGCGCAAGUUCAUCCACCUCUGGGCCUCCAAGAAAUCAAGAAAACAAUCCCAAGGGCAAGGGAAAGGCGGCUGAACGGACAUCCGUCCCCACCUCGGGGAAGCACGGAUCCGCGUUGACGGGAAAGCACGGCUCCGCGUUUUCACCGCCCACGGGGAAACCCAAUCCGCCGACCCGUGUUGCAAACACGCGGGAUGAAACAUCCCCAAUUGCAAUUUCUGACCACAGACCGCCCUACUGUCCCCGCUGCGGUCAGCCUAUCCUAACGGGCGUAAUGAGGGAGUUGGCUCACCUGCGCCGGAAUGUGGCGGACAAAAUGAAGAAUGCCCAUAAAGCAGUGACUACUUCUUCGGCUGCCUUGGGCAGAUAUUCUGUAUUGGAGAAGAUGUGGAUUGACUCUAAGGAGCUCCCGUUCUCUAACGGCAAGGGGCUUUCAGCCAAAUACAAAUUUCAGCAUCCCGUUCACCCUUCUCCUGACAGUUGGGGCGCUAUAACGGCUCAAGCCCGGUCCUUCGAGGUCUCAAAGCUCAAAGUCGCUUCAUUUUACAUCAACGACAUUUUUUAUUCUUUUAUUGCCGUCAAGGAACUACCUUUUCAUCCACUCUGGUAUCAUUCGCCGUCCUCCAACACUGCAAAUAUUCAUCUCCCAACAGAUACUCUGCCUACGCCCGGUUCCGUCAGCCCUCCGUCAAAUGCACACACCAGCAAUGCCUUCCUUUUUAACGCAAGGUCAAGACCUGUUUUCCCGGGAGAAGAGGAUGAUAUUGAUAGUACGUCCGAUACCACUGAAUCCUCUACACCAGCUACGUUUUUAGAGCAUCUCGCACAGGACUUUGAAGAGGAGGCGGAUGAGGAGUCUUCCGCCGGUGAUACGACGGAGGAGUCAGAUGCUUCCGGUAACUCGGAAGAGCUUAGCGAGGACGUGUCGGAAACACCCUGGGAUGAGGAAUCUUAG